UUGAGCACUGAUCUGUGCUCAAUCUGCAGUGAUUCAUAAUGUAAAUAGAGUGUAAGGAAGGACGAAAUUUAUAAUCGUCGUCUCCACGCAGCCUUUUGUGCCAAGCAUUCUCGGUUCCAAAGUACACUUCAUCUUCACCUUUUUUCAGAAUAGAGUAGAAUAUCCACCAAAUCCAUAGGUCACGUCACCGUUAAGACUUCGGUGGUUACCUGGUAACCACAGCAACUAUGGAUAUUAAAAACUUUAUAACCCACUGUCGGCCGGGUGCCUUCUUCUGGACGGUUUACAUAUUUUUAUUCGCCUUAAGCCCCGUCGAUAACCCGUUCACGAUUAAAACAGUGGCGACAUUCGUAAUCACAUUUUUCUGUCUGUACCCAUCUACCAGUUUGUACAACAACUACUUCGACAAGGACGAAGGUCCCGUGAUGAUGAUGGAGAAACCCGCCCCAAUAACGGACGCCCUCUGGUACGGGAGCCAUAUCCUGGACGCCAUCGGUUUCGUCUUAGCUCACUCCUACGGAGGUGGAUUUCAAUACACCGUCGUGAUAUUUGCCGUCACGCAACGCCUCUACAGCCACCCCUCGGUUCGCCUUAAAGCUCGUCCAUAUGCAUCCUUUCUCAUCUGGAAUUUUGUUGAGGGAUACGUCACCACAAUCGGGAUUUACAAUGCUUGUAACAGUUCUGUCGACACGUGGAAUCCUCAGGCCCACGCGGUCGCUUUGAUAACAACCACCGCACUGUUGGGAAACUGGCCGUUGACGCAGGUGUAUCAGCACGCGGAGGAUGCGUGCAAUGGUGACGUCACCCUGAGCAUGAUGCUGGGGGUGAAGGCUUCCCUUCAGUUCGCCUACGGUGUCCUUGGUCUCGCGGGCUUAAUGCAUUUCGCUUGCUUUUAUGCUUGGAUUGACAAUCCAUUGCUGGUGAGUGGCGUCUUUGUCGUGUGUUUCUUUCCGGUUGCCGUGGCCCUAAGGAGGUGGAAGAUGAAGGUAGAGAAGGACGAGGAGGAGGCUAAUUUCGCAAAUGCUAUGAGCUGUGGAAACACGGGGGCCACUUCGGCAACGUUUUUCUAUACUUGGUUGCUUAUUUAUCAGAAGGUGAUAUUGUAGACGGGGAGAAUUAUUUUCUUGGAGUUUGGGUAUACACAAUAUAUUUUUAUGAAUUGAAUUUUUGCCGAAACUGUCAUAUUUUUAAAUUGGGCACCAGUGAAAAGUGAAGUGGUGCAGUUUUAUAUUAAAAUAGUGAGUGUACACUGUUUUUCUUAGGUACGUAUAUCAAGCACAUUAUUAGACGCACUAAAAACUAAACUAAGAAUUCUAAGAAUUUUAAGAAUUCUCGAUUCGCAAAGGCGAAAAAAUAUUUGUAUUGUCAGUCGCAAAUAAAACCGUAAAAAUCAAAAUACA